CCACAACCCCAGUCCCGGGCCCCCUCCGUAUGUGAGACGCGGCGGGGGCGCAGGAGGGAGAGGAGGACUCCGGGGCGCCGGGCCGGAAGGCAACUGGCAGCAGGCCCAGGCGAGCGGGCGCCCGCGUUGCGUUCAUGUUCCGCCAGGAGCAGCCGCUGGCCGAGGGCAGCUUUGCGCCCAUGGGCUCCCUGAAGCCGGACUCGGGCAAUGCGAGCUGGAACGGGACCGAGGCCCCGGGGGGCGGCGCCCGGGCCACCCCUUACUCCCUGCAGGUGACGCUCACGCUGGUGUGCCUGGCUGGCCUGCUCAUGCUGCUCACCGUGUUCGGCAACGUGCUGGUCAUCAUCGCCGUGUUCACGAGCCGCGCGCUCAAGGCUCCCCAGAACCUCUUCCUGGUGUCCCUGGCCUCGGCGGACAUCCUGGUGGCCACGCUGGUCAUUCCCUUUUCGCUGGCCAACGAGGUCAUGGGCUACUGGUACUUUGGCAAAGUGUGGUGUGAGAUCUACCUGGCGCUGGACGUGCUCUUCUGCACCUCGUCCAUCGUGCACCUGUGCGCCAUCAGCCUGGACCGCUACUGGUCCAUCACGCAGGCCAUCGAGUACAACCUGAAGCGCACGCCGCGCCGCAUCAAGGCCAUCAUCGUCACCGUCUGGGUCAUCUCGGCCGUCAUCUCCUUCCCGCCGCUCAUCUCCUUCGAGAAGAAGCCGCCGGACGCCCAGUCGAGCGAGCCCCGCUGCAAGAUCAACGACCAGAAGUGGUAUGUCAUCUCGUCCUGCAUCGGCUCCUUCUUCGCGCCCUGCCUCAUCAUGAUCCUGGUCUACGUGCGCAUCUACCAGAUCGCCAAGCGCCGCACCCGCGUGCCGCCCAGCCGCCGGGGCCCCGACGCCGCCGCCGCCGCCGCCGCCGCCGCCGCCCUGCCUCCGGGGGGCGCCGAGCGCCGGCCCAACGGCCUGGGCCCCGAGCGCGGCGCCGACCCCGCGGGCGCCGAGGCCGAGCCGCUGCCCACCCAGCUCAACGGCGCCGCCCCGGGCGACCCCGCGCCCGCGGGGCCUCGCGACGCCGCCGAGGCGCUGGACCUGGAGGAGAGCUCGUCGUCCGAGCACGCCGAGCGGCCCCCGGGGCCCCGCAGACCCGAGCGCGGCGGCUCCCGGGCCAAGGGCAAGGCCCGGGCCGGCCAGGUGAAGCCGGGGGACAGCCUGCCGCGGCGCGCGGCCGCCGGGGGGGCUCCGGGGGCUCCGGGGGCUCCGGGGGCCGGGCCGGGGGAGGAGCGCGGCGGCGGGGCCGCCAAGGCUUCGCGCUGGCGCGGGCGGCAGAACCGCGAGAAGCGCUUCACGUUCGUGCUGGCCGUGGUCAUCGGCGUGUUCGUGGUGUGCUGGUUCCCCUUCUUCUUCACCUACACGCUCACGGCGGUCGGCUGCGCCGUGCCCGGCACGCUCUUCAAUUUCUUCUUCUGGUUCGGCUACUGCAACAGCUCGCUGAACCCGGUCAUCUACACCAUUUUCAACCACGACUUCCGCCGAGCCUUCAAGAAGAUCCUCUGCCGGGGGGACAGAAAGCGGAUUGUGUGAGCCUGCCACGUGCCAGCCUGGCGGACAGACUCCUGCAGGUGGCGG